CAUAAUGAUUUUACGUCUCUAUCAAGUAGUAUUACUUAAAAACUAUGUCAGACUCCGAUUUCCCUACAUCGUUGAAUAACGCUGAAAGCAAAUCAACAAAGCAAAAGAGCUUGCAUCGCAACACCUUGGAAUCAAAGCAAUAUCGGCUCAGCUCACGACUACCCAGGGAUGUUUUAGUAAGACACUAGAGGUCUUUCUCCAGGAUGGUCGGAAUGUCAUAAUCCAAUUCAGAAUCGAAGCUCUAGACGUAGAGCCGUUCUUCCAUGCUCGCAAUCUUCUCGGCGAUAUAGUGCCCAUGAUUGAAGCUACUCAUGACCUGGAACUGGUCGAAGCUGGAGUAUGGCCAUUUUAUAUGACCCGUAUUCCUGGAAAGCCUUGGAUGGAGUAUGAAGAUAUAUGGAACGAAACCCAGCGAGCUACUUGUUCCGAAUCUCUAGGUCGUGUCUUCGCUCGAUGUUUUGUUGAAGGCAACGCAGGCGAGGUAGUCGACUCCGAUAUCAUCCCCAAUCUACACAAGAUUCGCGCUCUCGCCCUCGAAAGAGAUGAUGUCAAGCCAUUCUCCGCAUUUAUUUCCAAGUUGAUCGAGGAGGCUCCGGCUUUGAAAAAACUCCCUCUAUUCUUUGGGCACCUCGAUUUAAAUGAGAUGAAUGUUCUUGUUGGAGAAAACGCUGAAGUUACUGGUGUUAUCGACUGGGAACUAUCACCUCCUCCUCAGCCAUUUGGUGUUGCGUGUUACUGUAUUCAGUUCCUGGCUGGAGAGAUAAUCGACAUAGUCUUCCGCCAGCGCCCCGAAUUUGAGGCUAUUGAUUGGGGGUUUUGGGAUGGGCUUCUUGAAGACACGCCGGCUGAAAUUCGUGAUUCUUUGGAAGCGAAUUGGGAGGCAGUACAGACUGCUGUGAUGAUUGGAACAAUAUUCAAGGUUAUGUCCAUCGAGGGCGAUGAAGUUUUUGUUUCGAAGAUUAGACUCGAUGCAUUGCCGAUGUUGAUGCGAUAUCGCAUUCCUGCUCUGAGAGGGGCGAGUAGGGCGUAUUCUGAUUAGAACAUCUUUGGGGGCUUAGGUAGUAGGGAGUGAAAAGGGGCAUAGUUUAAGAAACACAAGGGAGAAGAUCGAGGGGGUAAAAAUAUACCAAGAUAGGAGAUUAAGGUGGCAAAACUGAGAAUAUGAAAUAAUAAACAGAAGGG